GAAGGAUGAGAGUAACGCGCACGCGCAUUGGCGAAGGCGCCAUUGCGCAUCUAGCAAGCGCGCCUGCCCACUCUCCUUUCGAACGAUAGUACCAUCAAACACUAUCAUUCGCAGCGACUUUGGGGCUACCACCACGCAUGAAGAUGGCUAAAUCGAUUCUGACGAGAAAGAGGGAUCUCAUCUACUUGAUUUUCUUCAUCACCCACCUUCCGGUGAUGCUGGCAUUCGACCUCACCGCCUACUAUCCCAUCAACAUCAAGCCGCUUUGGAUGGGAGAGGUUCGCACCUGGUAUGUCGCCACGUACGGCGACCGUUUCUUCUACAACCCGCCAGCCUGGUUUGGCGUUCUCACCUUCCUGGAGCUGGUCUACCACCUGCCCCUCACACUCUGGGCCAUACCCGCACUUCUGCGCAACGAUCCCCGCAUUCCCUUGGCUCUUCUUGUUUUCGGCAUGGAAACGAGCAUCACAACUCUAGUUUGUCUGGCUGAGAUGUGGAGCUGGGAGGAAUUGAGGCCGGAACAGAGUGGUUUAGGUGGGCUUGGGGGUAUGUACGGGGGUUAUCUGGCGCUGGGCAUUUUCAUGACAUUGGAUUGUUAUGCGAGGCUGGACCAGUGGAUUGCGAGGCAGAAGGGGCUGACACCUGUUACAAAGAAGGAGCUUUGAGGUCGGGUGCUGUGUAUGACACGAAUGUUGAUCCCUGUAUAUUGAAGGCGAUGGAUCUAUUUCUGCUAGGGUAUAUCGCUGCCAAGGUGGAAUAGCUUGUCCAUCAGCGUUGCGCGUGCCUCCUAGGCUGCGGCACCCGUGGCAUUUGCCCGCUCCUUCUCUUCCAGCUUCUUCCUUGCAGCCAAGAUCAUUUCUUCUCUCUUCCUUUGCAAAUUCGACUGACGUUCGCCCCGAUCUGCACUCCAAGCUUUCGCCUUGGGUCUCUCGUCCACUGACUCGGCUGGCUGGCCCAACUUCGACGAGAGAUUAUACCGUGUGAUCAAGUCGGGAUGCGAAGGCUUUACGGCGGCUGCAACUGGUCGUAAAGGUGCAGCUGCGACAGGGCCCGCAGGCAGCUGGAACGACGCUGGUGCCUU